CUGGGAUCUAAGCUGCAGCAGCGCCAUGGUCGAGCCCGCGUCACUGCGAGACUGCCAGGCUUGGAAGGAUGCCGGGCUACCGCUCUCCACCCCAAGCAACGAGGCCUGCAGGCUGUUUGAUGCCAUCCUGACCCAGUGUGUCAAAUGGACCAACGACAAGAGCCUUGGUGGCCUCGAGGGCUGCAUGUCGAAGCUCAAAGAAGCAGACCCAGCCUUCGCGAUGGGCCACGUCAUCUCCAAUGGCCUCCUGCUGAUCGGCACCGGGACCUCCGUGCGGCUGAGCCCAGAGCUGGCCCAGGCCCUGAAGGUGAUGGUGGAGAUUUCGGAAACCCAGCCACUGACGCAGCGGGAGCGGCUGCACGUGUCUGCGGUGGAGACGUUCGCCAAGGGGAACCUUCCGAAAGCCUGUGAUUUCUGGGAGCAGAUUCUCCGGGACCACCCAACAGACAUGUUGGCCCUGAAAUUUUCCCAUGAUACCUAUUUUUACCUGGGCUACCAGGAACAGAUGCGAGAUUCUGUUGCUCGAGUUUACCCAUUCUGGACACCUGACGUCCCCCUGAGCAGCUACGUAAAAGGCAUUUAUUCUUUUGGAUUGAUGGAAACCAACUUCUACGAUCAGGCGGAAAAGCUCGCGAAGGAGGCUUUGUCUAUUAACCCGACGGACGCGUGGUCAGUGCACACCAUAGCCCACAUCCACGAAAUGAAAGCGGAAAUCAAGGAUGGAGUGGAAUUCAUGCAGGGCUCAGAAUCCAACUGGAAGGACCGUGACAUGCUGGCUUGUCAUAACUACUGGCACUGGGCUUUAUAUCUGAUCGAGAAGGGUGACUAUGAGGCCGCGCUCACCAUUUUCGAUAACCAUAUCCUGCCCAGCUUGCAGGCCAGUGGCACCAUGCUGGAUGUGGUGGACAGCUGCUCCAUGCUCUACCGGCUGCAGAUGGAAGGGGUGCAGGUGGCCGAGCGCUGGCAGGACGUCCUGCCUGUGACCCAGAAGCACAGCCGUGACCACGUCCUGCUAUUCAAUGACGCCCACUUGCUGAUGGCCUUCCUGGGUGCACGGGAUACCCGAACCACGCAGGAGCUGCUAACCACACUGCAGGAGGCCAGCGAGUCGCCGGGGGGAAGCCAGCAGCACCACCUGGCCCGCGACGUGGGGCUGCCGCUGUGCCAGGCCCUGGUGGAGGCUGAGAGCGGGAACGCUGACCGUGCCGUGGAGCUGCUCCUGCCCAUCCGCUACCGGAUCGUCCAGAUCGGAGGCAGCAAUGCCCAGAGAGACGUCUUCAACCAGCUGCUGAUUCACGCGGCCUUGAACUGCUCCUCCAGCGCCCACAGACACGUGGCCCGGAGCCUUCUGAUGGAGCGUGAUGCCUUGAAGCCCGGCUCGCCCCUGACCCAGCGGCUCAUCCGCAAGGCAGCCGCCCUCCACCUCAUGCAGUGAACGGGCCUGGCCACCUCCGCCAGCAGAACCUCAGCCACUUCCCGGGCUGUGAAACCCACUUCCGCCUGGAGUAGAAACCAGUGAGAGCUGGGAGGGCUGCUGGCGGGCAAGCUCAGCAUCAAGCAGAAAUCUCUGUAAACCAGCAGUUUUACAGAAAAAGGGGACACUGAUUAAUUUUACACGUGAUUGAGAAUCUUCCUCCAGUCCUUGUUGAGGUGCCAGUGUGCAUUUUAAGCAAUCAGAGACGAUGGGGGUCCUGCUGUGACCACUUGCUUUGUGACCUUACACCCCCUAACUGUGGUGGGUGGGGGGAGUUGGAAGGCAGGGCAGGCUGGGGCAGGCUCAGCUGGGGCAGCAGAAUCUACCAGCCUAGCCCCUAGCGGUAGCCACCCCCCCCAGGCUGCCCGAGGUCACCCGCCUGGAACUGUCUUCAUCUCAUCCCAGGAAGGUCCUGUUGGCCUCUCUUUCAGGUGAUGGUAUCAAUGGGAGCGAGGUGACUUAGUCAGGGUCUCGGCUAGUGAAGGCACCACUAGGAUUUCUUCCUUGGGGAGAGGAGCCUGCGUCGCUGCCCUUGGCCUCUGCCUCCAGCUGCUGGACUAGCUUCUCUCCUAUAGAAGUACAAACCCAUGGGGUGGCUCCUCCCACAAUCUGGAGGAAAGUCAGUGUGGGAUGCUGAUUUGGGCUUUGUCGUGGAUUGAAUUGUGUCCCCACAAAAUAUGUGUCAACUUGGCUGGGCCAUGAUUCUCAGUAAUUUGGCAGUUGUGUAAUGAUGUAGUCAUCCCCCAUGAUGUGAUCUGCUGUGAUUGGCCAAUCAGUUGUAAGAGGAUUAUGAUGGGAUGCAACACCCUUACUCAGGUACAGCUCUGUUAAUGAGAUAUGAUUAGGUUAUGUUAAUGAGGAUUAGGUUGAGAGGCAACACCCUUACUCAGUGUCUUAGGCUGGGUUUUCUAGAGAAACAAAACCAGUAGAGCGUAUAAAUAUAUAGAGAGACAUUUAUAUCAAGGAAACAGCUCACGCAGUCAUAGAGGCCAAAAUGUCCUAAGUCCGUGGAUCAGGGUAGAGGCCUUUCCCAAUUCACAGAGCCAUGGAAGCUGGUGAACCUAAGGUCGGCAGGUCGGAGAGGGGCUCCCACUCACAGGCUGUGAAGGUCAACGAACUCCAAGAUCGGCAGACAAGACCGCAGAGCUUCUCCUGAUUCAAGAAGCUGCAGGGGCUGGUGAAC